AUGCCCAAUGGAAGUGAGCAAAGACAGUGGGAGCCACGCGAGCAAAGAAGAACCCCAGGAACAAACUGCCUCGUACAUGUGCCUCUUGGUGCCCAGAAGCCCGGAGCUGCCGUGCCCCGCAGAAGAGGAGCCGGUGCCCUGGGCACAGGGCUGCGUGUGCCUGGCCCAGGACUCAGAGGGCUAGCAGGGCUAAGGGAGGUGCGGCAGGACUGGACACCAGAAACUCAGGUGGAUCGGAUCAUCUUCUGUGUCUUCCUAGAAGUCGACUUCAAAAUCUACAAAAAGAAAAUGGGCGAGUUUUUCCCGGCAGAUGAUAAUAAUGAAGAAGAAGACGCUGACAUGAAAGAAGAUUCAGAGGGGUUAGAGCCAAAAGACCACUCUCCGCCCCACAAGAAGAGCCAAGCAAAGAAGCCAGAAGGCUCCAAAGACUCCAGCGAGGAUGAGAAUGGUCCAGAGGAAAAGCCAAGUGCAGAAGAAAUAGAAGAGCGGAGCCAAGAAGCAGAUGGUACCAGCACCGCUUCGGCGCCCAGCCCUUCUUCAGAGGAAGCAGUUGAAGUCUGUAAAGAUGAAGAUUCUGCAGAGGAUGAUAAUAUAACAAAAGACAGUGAAGCAACAGAUCAUUCUGUGUGUGACCAAGAGCAUCCCAGUGGGCAAGAGAAUGAUUCAACGAAGAAUGAAGUAAAAAUUGAGGCAGAGUCGCAGAGUUCAUAUAUGGAAACAGAAGAGCUUUCAUCAAACCAAGAAGAUGCCAUGAUUGUGGAGCACCCAGAAGUGACCCCACUGACAGACGACCAAGAAGAAAGUGAAGGUGAAAAAGCUCAAGGCGGGAACAGACCCAGAGAUCCUGUGAAAAGCGAAGGCUCUGGUGAUACAGAGAGCUCUACAAGUCCUGAUGUUGACAUGAAUUGUCAGGUUGACAGUGUAAAUGACCCAACAGAGAGUCAGCAAGAAGAUUAA